CAAGCAACAGUUGACUGACUGCUGACAGUCAGUGAUAUUGUAGUUCUCACAGAAUCUCACAAAAAUAAAUAUAAUUCUCUCGAAUAAUAAUAAUUCUUAUGAUACUGAUUCUGAUAUUAUUAUUCUGAAUUACAAUAAAAAGUAUGUCGCUUGAUGGUUUGCGCAGUAAGAUUACGGUGACCGUGCUAGGUCAAUGCAUUGUGUGCGAAGAAGUGACGACCCUUCGGUGUCAAUCAUGUCUUAAAGGAGGGAAGGAAGCAGAUGAAAUUCCUUUUUACUGUUCUCGAGACCAUCAGAGCAAACAUUGGAAAGCAGGACACAAAGCAAAUUGUGGACAAUUGCCGAAAAAGCCACUGGGUUGGAAACUGGAACAUGGUCCAUGCACACUGAGUCAAAAUGUACCUGAAGGAAUCUCAUAUUUUGUGGCGACUGAAGACUUGGAGCCCGGUCAUGUCUUGUUCCAGAGAAAGCCCUUACUGGCAUUUCCGGCUAUUCCAUCGCCUCAAGAUUUUAAUAAUUUUCUCGAGAAAAUGCCACCUUCCGUAAAGACCAAAAUGUUGAACUCAGAGGACCGUUUGGUGUGGACGUGUGUUGGUUGUUACGAAGUCUUGGUUUACGGAGAGGUCACACAAACCAUUGCAACCGGAUUGAUGGUUAACAAAUGUGUCCAGUGUGGCUGGCCCUUGCAUUCAAAUAUUCACCCAAAAUAUGGACCGACCAAGUGUCAAGCGGUCCAUGAGGAGGAAUGUAAAAUUCUCAUGGAAAGGGGGCUUACUUGGGAGACGUUGCAAAAAGAAAAAUUGUAUCGGGAUCCAGAGUUUUAUUACCAUUUGGGACUUCUUCGUGCUGUGAUGCUUCCCCCUCAACUAAAGGAAGAGCUUAUGAAUCUUCCAGUUUUUAUCCCUGCAUAUUUUCGAUUUUUUAAUCUCAAGUUAGCAAUUCCUUUCGUUAGAGAACGAUGUGGAAUGGGGGACAAGGUUGGAGAAGAAGAAGCACAAAAGAUUUUAGAAGUACUAUUUGGUAACAUCUUGGGCCCCCCGAUUCAACAUAGCACAUCAAAAAACAAGCUUGCUUUCAUAGUCUACGCCGGAGGACCGACGGGACGCGUCAUGACCCAUGAUUGUACUCCUAACUGCUACCCAUACAUUGGGAAAGACCUUACAGCGACUUUCAAAACGAUAAGGAAGGUGGCAGCGGGAGAGCUUUUAACAAUAAAUUAUAUUAUGAUUAGUAACCACUGCAAAACUGUGGACGAGAGGUUGACCCUUUUUACACAAUUGCUACUACCCCCGUGUCGUUGUGCACGUUGUCAGUCUUCUACGGAAGACGGAACAUACUUCUCUGCCAUUAAAUGCCCAGCCGACAAGAAGACGGGUGAUGGCAAACGAGAAUGUCAAUAUUUGUUACCCAUGCCAAACCCAAACCACACUCAAGGAUUUAAAGAUAUUUUUAUAUGGAAAUGUGCUUGUACUGCUUGUACUGGAGCAACACGUCAGAGCGCUGUGGAACAACUAGUUUCGACAAUCAAAGAAAAGAUACAAACUGCGACAAGGAGUCCAAACGCGUAUGAUGAACUUAAGUCCAUUGUGGCCAGGAACUCUGGCAGAACUGUUCAUCCCGACCACGCCGUAAUUUUAUAUGCUCUAUUGAACAUAGCAGCAACCGCUUUUCGACACAUCACCAAUGUUCAAGCUAACAAAGACCCUGCGUUCUCGUUCAACCUGCACAAAAAAUACAUGACUGACUUUAAUAUAGUAUUAGAAAAGAUGCAAGUAAUCCAACCAGGGAGAUCUGAUCAUUAUGGAUUGCUUCUAUUUGGCCAAACCCUGCUCAGAAUGAGUGAACUUGCAGAGAACGUUCUUGAAUCACAAAGUAAACCCAGCCUAGAAGACUUGGAUACAAAGUUGACAUUGAUUCUUUCAGCUUUAAAAGAAUCCUGGACGAUUAUUAAUGCAAAUCAAAUUGCCGAACCCUAUGACACAGCAAGGGAAAGCCGCCUUCGUAAAUUUUAUGCAAAUCAUCUUAUAUCGUCUAUCAGAAAAGGAAUGGGCGAAGACUGUUUGGACAAAGUUUCUAGCGUCAAAAAGCUCAAAGAAAAAUAUUUUUCUGAAGUUCCUGUGAACCUUGACAUGUCCGAGAAAGAAUUAGAGUACCGAGAGCUCCUUGUAAUCGACGAAACUGUGCCAAAUUUGAUUAAAAAAAUGGAAGAACAUGGAAUUGUGUAAUAUUUCCAGAAUUCACUCAAAGUCUUCCACUGUGAAAUCUCCUGCAAGGUCAGUAGGUGACCUUGUAUACCAUACCCAUUCCACCUCAACUAUCAAUUAUUAUUAUUAAAUAGUCCUUGCCACUCACAAAUUUUGUAUUAUAUUGAUAUGAUAUU